AUGCAGGGCUUCAACAUGGGGCGGUACGUGCCGCCGGAGCAAGAGGGCGUGGUAGCGUCAGGCAACCGGCUGCACGGGGUGCGGGCGAACAAGGCGACAGCGGCGGGUGUGCCGGUGGUGCGAUUCGAGAUGCCCUUUGCGGUGUGGUGCGACGGCUGCGAGGCGAAGACGGCAGCACGGCAUCCAGUGCUGAUCGGCCAGGGCGUGCGUUUCAACGCAGAGAAGCACCGGGCGGGUGCAUACUACUCGACGCCGAUCUGGUUAUUUCGCAUGCGGCACCCAGCCUGCGGCACCUGGCUAGAGAUCCGGACGGACCCGGCGACGACGUCGUAUAUGGUGGCCCAGGGAGGCCGAAGGCGGCGAGAAUACGACGACGACGACGGCGACGAGGGAGCAGAGGGAGCGGGAAGCGAUCCACAGGCGCGGGCGGCAGCCUCAGCGGCAGCCCUGGCUGGGUUGUCGGCGGAGGAGGCGUCGCUGUCGUUGUCGUCCUCGUCGGCAGCUGACCGGGCCUCUGCCUUUGAUCGUCUGGAGCGCACCAUUGUGCACCGGGUCGCCGUCGACUCGGCCGCGGAGGCUGCGCACCAUCGCAUCGACGGCCUCGCCGCCGACAGCGCUCGCCGCUGGCAGGACCCCUAUGCGCGCAACCGGGCGCUGCGGGCGGCCUUUCGCGCUGGCCGCCACGCCCGCGAGCAGCAGGCCGCUGCCGAUGACGACCUGCGCCAUCGCCUCGGCGGGCUCGACCUGCCCCUGCUCCUGCCACCGUCGGAGGAGGACGCGCGACGGGCAGCCCUGGUCGACUUUGGCACGGACGGCACCGCGGCCGUACACGCUCGCUCUGAUCGCACCGUACUCGCACAGCCGCUCUUUGGCGGCGUGGGAGCCGGAAAGACGACGGGCAGCACAGACAAGAUCACAACGACAACCGGAUCCGGCAACCGCUUCGGUACCGGAACGGCCGUGGAGAAGCGGCGACGCGCCGUGCGAGACCAUCUCGCCGCAACGGUGGCGACCAACACCCGCCUCAAAAUAGACCCCUUCCUCGACGGCCUCUUUGACGGCCGCGUCGGACGACGGCAGACGGACACAACAGCAACGACAACAACAACGGAAACACCUCCAGCUGCAGGCACAAUCCGUCUGCCGGGUGUGAAGCGGAAACGCGCACUGGACGACGGACCCGGGCCGCCAGCAUGCAAAAGCAUGCCGGCGUUGGUCAGCUACGACUCGGACUGA